AUGGUUCCAUUCCAGGUUGAGACAAUCCCAAUAGAGCUACUAAUAAACAUGAGGUAUCAUGUUCGAGAUGGGCAGCGCAAACAACAACUCGAUUUGGACGUUGAGCUUCCAAUUGAUGCCCAACUACCUCAAUCGUACAGGGUAGCCCAAGAUAUGCACUUGGCGCUUGGAUUUACUCAUCGUCGUCAUGUCUAUGUCCAUGUCCGGACCUCUGCGCCCGGCACUCCGGUCAAGUGGAGGCCGAGAUACCACGUCUUAGAGCCAGUUCAAGGUUCACUCUUAAGCAUGCCAAGAAAGCGGAUCACAAUUCCUUAUCCCGGUGCUAGCAUCUUCCCAGUAGGUUUACUUGGCAUCAAAUUCUCCGUUUCGCGGAUAAGAAAUAGGGCUGAUAUAAGCCAGCAUCGUGAUGGAUCUAGGCUGCUCUACGGCUAUGAGAGAAAUAACAUCGGUCGAGAGAGCCUGGUGAACUGGCCCAUGAACAGUAUUCGAGCCUUCAUUCUUCUCUCGGAACUCUCAUAAAAUGGUAGUGACUACCAUGUGGCAAAUCGCGUCCUUCAAUAUUGAUGCCGUUGACUGGGCAGAGCAUACAUGCACUCAUGAUAGGGGGGGAGCCAUCCCAAAGAACCUGGAACUGCAGCCCCGUUCCCCCGUAGCGGGC